AUGUGGACUACUUUAUUUGUAAAUGCAAACUGUGAUGGAAAUGAUUUGUACGAUGAACUCUAUGGAGAAACUGCUGUAUACCUAGAUAUAGAAGACGUAGCACGGUCUCUAGGUACCGAUUGUAAUGUAGAAUCUAUCAGUGCACUAUUUAGUUUUACAAAUGCCAAUGAUUUUGCUGAUUUAAUUUUGCAUAUUUCCAAAGUUCAGCAACCAUCCUAUGGAGUAAUAAUUGCCUGCGAAAAGUCAGUUGGAAUUUAUAGGCAACCUAAUGGCCUCUGUGCUUUGAUUGAUAGUCAUGUGCACAAUAACAAUGGUGCCAUCAUAGUGGUAGCAGAUUCUCCAAGCAAACUUAUCAAUUUCAUCAUGCAGUGGAGUGCAGCUCCACAGUAUCAGUACAAGAUAUCAGAAGACUCUUCCAACACGGUUUGUAUGGGAGAGGAAGGCUCCGGGGUGAAAGGCUCCUGGCCAUUUGAACAUUUGUCUAAUGGAACUCGCCUUGAUAGUGAAACUGGUUUAGGGGAAAGAAAUCCAGAUGUCACUAGGGAGCGGGAGAAAGCUGUUAGUGGUGUGAAAGGCCCAGACAGUGGUGAAGAAGAGCAUCAAAUUCACCAUGGAAAGGGAGUUGUAGAUGGUGUUUGUGGUAGUGUUAAGACAGCUGUAUGGACUGCUGUCUCAACAAGGAAAGUAACAAGAGUGGUCAGUGCAGAGGAAUUUUUUGACACUGCUAGAUAUCAGCCAGGGAAAAGCAAUCAUGAUAACGUUUACAGUUAUUGUGAAAGUUUUUACGGUGAUUCCAGAGAUGUGUCCAUACCAGAAGACCCAAUGCCAGAUGGUAGUCAAGAGACAGAUGGAAAUCAUGCUAUAUCAAGUAAUGUAGAGAUAACUGAUAAUGUAUCAAGAUCUGCAGAUUGUACAUGUACGUUUGCCGCUCUUUGUAUGCAAAGUACAGAGCAACUUGCUAAUGACAUACAUUUGGGAUUACCUGAAGAAAUCCAAAAAUGUUUUGAUAAUUCUAACAAUGUUAACCUACAUCCAUCCAGUUCAUCCUUGGCACAACUGAUAGUAAAUGGUAGUAUUGAGUUUGGUGGUAACACACUGAUCUCACUUUCUGAUUUGAAAGAGUUAGAUUGCAAAGGAGACACUGAUGAAGAAAAGUGGAUUCCAAACUUUGUGAAUGAUUCAUAUCUCCACUUCAUUAAAUCUGAAUGCUCUCAUGGGCAAUGUACAGCUGAGGUGCUGAAAUGGGACGAGUUUGAAAAAGUAGCUGUGGAAAAGAUAAAAGAAAAGAAACUGCUUCAGCAGGACAUCAUCCUUAUUCCCUGUAAUAGUGGUGGAAGGCAUUGGGUUCUGUGUGCCAUUUUGUGCAAAGAGAAGUCUGUCAUAGUACUAGAUAGUUUAUCUGGUGAGAUAGUGAAGCCAAGCACACAAGACAUUCUAUCAAAAGUGAUAACCAUGCUGAGAUUCAACAACAGCACAACUGAUUUCCAACAGGAGGAGUGGUCGUUGUAUGUCAACAUGUGCAAAGAAAUCCCCCAGCAGCAAAAUGGGUAUGAUUGUAGCAUCUUCACCUGUAUGUAUGCUGGAUGUUUAGCCAAAGGAUGCCCAAUGGUAGUCCAAGACAACAUACCAGCUCUCAGACAGGUGAUGAUUGUAGAGCUUCACCAAAGAAAGCUAUACUCAAUCCCAGGUCCAACAGUUAAAGUACGGGAGUACUAUGCAGUGGCAUUUGUACAAAACUUCUACUUUGGUAGAGUCUUAAAAGUGAGUGAAAGUUCAGUGACACUUAAAUUCUUGCAUCGUGUGGGAGCUGAAACCUUCCAUUGGCUAGGGCGGGAUGAUGUGCUACAAGUCCAUCAGUCAUGCAUUUUCUUUGGCCCUAUUACAGUUCCUAUGUUCAUCAGUGGUCCAUUCAAGGUUCCUGAACUACAGUGUGUUCAAAACUUAAUCAAGGCCAUGAAUAGAAGUAAAAAGGCAUAGACAAUUUCUGGCUGGAUAACAUUUUAAACUUCGCAUGCAAUGACUUGAAAGUUUAUGCAUAAACUUUGCAGUUGAAACUAAGCAAACUUAGCUUUUUUGAAAGCUAAAGCAUCUUAGAGGCUAGUUACUGAAGGGCUCUUUGUUGAAUUAUCAACUUAAUAUUAGUAUUUGUUAGUACUAGAAAUGUUACGUCCGUGACGUUGCGUCCAUGACAAAGUUUGCAUUGGUCUGGUUCCAAACACAAGAGCUAUUCUGAUCUUUUCAUUUGGUCAAAGUAUGCUUAUUUACUAAU